AGACAAGGCGGGUCGAGUACAGCAGGACACAUAAAAGGGUCGCACAUGAGGAGGGGAAGUUGAACAAGACAGGCGUGACAGAGCCAUCACUCCGUGCAUCAGCAGGGUCGCGAGCUUACAUAAGUAAGCAGUCUAGAGCCAAAACCAAUAUCUUGCCCAGCUCCUCAGCAUCUUUGCUCACCGCCGCCACGGACAACGACGAAGGACGACGCAGAGGAACACGCACGGAGAACGACUCAGACGGACAGUCGAAUGCAGGAAUCCGCAUCCACCACCACCGAGUCGGCGUCCUCACCGCGUAUUCAACCACCCACAUCACCCUCGUCCUCGAGCUCGGGCUGGAAGAGAUUCACUAGACUCGCAUCCGCCUCUACCUCCAACCUCGGUGGCAAAAAACACGACAAGACCCCACGUCUUGAACCCGCGUCGCUCUUUCCUUCCGCCAACGGCCAGACGAACGGCUUGUCCGCUCCGUCCAAUCGCAGCGAAAGCUUCAGCAGCGCCGGCACAUCUUCCCCAGUCGUUACCUCCACUCCCGAAAUGGCCACGUCGCCCACCACACCGUCCAGGUCCCGGACGAAGUCCUCCCACCAUUUAUCCGCCUCCUCCAAGCAAAAGGUGCCCCAGACUGCAUCACCGUACACGACGCGUACUCCAACCGCUGGAGGCCCGCUGUCCACGACGAAGAGCAUGACACGCUUCAUACGACGCGUUGCCUCCGCGCCAAACGCGAAGGGCCUCUUCAAGUCGGCCUCCAGCUCACAGCUGUCGGGAAGUACGACCAAGAACGGCUUGCUCUCGCCCGGUCUUCACGACGGAUUCACAAGUCCGAAGGACUCGAGCAAGGGCAAGCGGAGCGGCGGGAAGCUCAGUACUGGCGACUCGCUGGAGACCAUAUCUAGCUCAGGGAGCUCGCACUACGGGAAGAACGGCAAGACCGUUGACUCGAACGGUAACCUCUCGCCGCAGACUGGCGAGAACGGCAAGGCCUUCAGGCGAACCUAUUCGAGCAACUCGAUCAAGGUUCGCCAGGUCGAAGUCGGCCCUUCAAGCUUCGUGAAGCUGAAGAUGCUGGGGAAGGGCGACGUGGGGAAGGUAUACCUUGUACGGGAGAAGAAGUCGUCGAAGCUGUUCGCGAUGAAGGUUCUCUCAAAGAAGGAGAUGAUCGAGCGCAAGAAGAUCAAGCGUGCUCUCACCGAGCAGGAGAUCCUUGCUACCGCGAACCAUCCCUUCAUCGUCACCCUGCAUCACAGCUUCCAGUCAGAAGGCUACCUGUACUUCUGCAUGGAAUACUGCAUGGGCGGCGAGUUUUUCCGCGCACUACAGACACGACCAGGGAAGUGCCUACCGGAGGACGGGUCCCGUUUCUAUGCUGCAGAGGUCGUCGCGGCGUUGGAAUAUCUCCAUCUCAACGGCUUUAUCUAUCGAGAUCUGAAGCCUGAAAAUAUCUUGUUGCACCAGAGCGGUCACAUCAUGCUUUCGGACUUCGAUCUCGCUAAGCAGUCCAAGGAGCCUCCCUCAUUACCGGGCAUGAUUCACGAACCGAACGGGAUACCAUUAGUAGACACAAUGUCCUGCACCGCCAACUUCCGCACCAAUUCAUUCGUCGGGACCGAAGAGUACAUUGCUCCGGAGGUCAUCGCAGCCCAAGGACAUACCGCGGCUGUCGAUUGGUGGACUUUAGGCAUCUUGAUUUACGAGAUGAUCUAUGCCACGACUCCGUUCAAGGGCUCCGAGCGCGACGUGACAUUCGACAACAUCCGCAUGAUACCUGUGCACUUCCGCGAACAACCCAAAGUCAGCUCGUCUGGCAAGGACGUCAUUACGCGCUUGCUGGACAAGAACGAGAAGACACGGCUCGGCUCUCGCUCUGGUGCGAGUGAGGUCAAGCAGCACAAGUGGUUCUCCAAGAUCAACUGGGGCCUCUUGCGACAUACCCGCCCGCCCAUCGUGCCGACCAGCAGCAACGGCGUCGACGCUGUCAACUUCCGGACGAUGAAGGAGUCGACGUCUCUCCACCUCGAAGACGAGCAUGUCAAGGGCAGCGCACAAAUAGUGGGCGUUGCUGGCGCUGGUUACGUCGGCACCCCUGGGCUCGGACCAGCUGACGACGGUCUCGAUAAGGAGAAGGACCUCUUCGGCGCGUUCAAUAGCGUCACCCUGCACCACGAUGGCGAAUAGCCGGGUAUGGCUGCCACCCCUCGCUCCAUCCCUGUAUCUAUCUUCUCUCGUGGGACACUCGGAGGUCACUCGUUGGUUGUUUCGGUUACUCACUCGACGUCGCUCUUUCAUCUUUUAUUCUCUCUGCUCCUCGCUUUCACACCAUAUAUACUCUGCUUGCCCUGCACAUUGUCAUCUUCAUCUCUUGCCACCGUCCUUCACAUCAAGCACGUUACCCUAGUUAGAUUGUGCGCGAACUGUAACCUAUAGUCCUUAGCAUACCUAUUAUACUGAUGGCGGUUAUUCAGCGCUUUCCGCCACCCAACUGCGCACGCGAGGGUGAUAGCAGAGAUAUGGAUAGCGCUGCGAC